AUGCCCACGCUCACAGGAUCAAAGGAGCAUGUGGCUUCAGUCAUGAGAGUGGCUACAAACCAGUUGUGCGACAAGAACCGCGUGGCGCCGCCCAACCAGGCGACCACGUCGGGCACCCCGUACCUGCUGACGGAGAACCGGCUGCGUCAGAUCCGCUCGGAGUUCAUGUACUGCUACUUCGACCAGGGCGGCAACUCGGACGACAAGGGCGACUACCAGACGGACCUGCACUCCUCCAUGCCGCAGAUCCAUAAGAACCUCAACUUCCAGCUGCCAUUCUAUGGCUUCCGUUACAAUUACACCAGGCUCUCGAUGCACGGCUACCUGGAGUUCAGCGACCCGCCGGAGCACUACACGUACCCGCUGUCGUUCCCCAACAAGGACUGGCCCAAGAAGAACGACCCGGCCUUCAUCGGCAUCUUCUUCAGCAAGAUGCGCAUCGGCAAGAUCCGCCAGGAGGAGGAGGACCAGCGCCAGCCGGGCGUCUACUUCCGGCUGGAGCGCGACCUGCAGGCGCGCACCGACCAGAUCGGCGUCGAGAUGCGCGAGCGCGUCAAGUGGGACGUGCGCGAGGGCGUCGUCGGCGCAGACACCUUCGACCCCAAGCACCUCAUCAUCGUCACCUGGAAGAACAUGUCCUUCGCCGGCGGCAUCGACAACUCGCUCUACAAGACUAACACUUUCCAGAUGGUCCUUGCUACAGAUGAAGUUUUCACAUAUGCAAUAUUCAAUUACCUGAACAUCCAGUGGACAUCUCAUACAGAAGCAGGAGGUGAUACAACAGGUGGAGAAGGUGGUGUUCCUGCUUAUGUUGGUUUCAAUGCUGGCAAUGGCACACAAAGUUAUGAGUAUCUCCCAUAUUCACAAAUGUCAACAGUUAGAGAUCUUCCAGGAAGAGGCUGGGGAAAUGGAUUUCCAGGGAGGCACAUAUUUCGCAUUGAUGAGAAGAUAAUGCCUGGCACCUGCAACAAGGACAUAGCUGGCGCCAAUCUACCAUUGGUCUUUGCUCCUGAGAGUGGCAAUAUGCUGGGUGGCACAAUAGUAAAUAUCACUGGGCCAUGUUUCAAACCAACAGACAAGGUGACCUGCAGGUUUGAUUACAGAGAAGUCAGAGGUACUGUUGUUGACACAAAUAGAGCAGUGUGCGUCCAACCAUUUGUAAUGGGAGAAGGUUAUAUACCUUUUGAAAUAACAGUAAAUGAAGGGAGGUAUGACUGGAAAGGAAAAUUCUUUCUCGAAACUCCUGCAACUGCAGAAGAAAAAAUUACAUUUGACACAAAUGAUGUCCAUCUAAAGAGCCCAGCAGAGAUACUAAUUAAGUGGGACAGUGCAAACUUGACAAGUAAUUCAGCAGCACAACUGACAAUAUCUCUUUGGGGCUACCGAGAGUCCCGUAAGAUGCCUGAGUUAGUGUAUAUUGAUAUACUGGAGACUGGUACACCAAAUGCUGGAUCAUUCACUAUUGCACCAGCAAAUUUUCGCAACAGGAACAAUUACCUGGUGACAGAUGCACAUUUUGGCUUUAUACAGAUCAACCUAACCAAUCCUGAGAUAUAUGCUGGUUCAUCAAUCUCACCUGUCAUAUGGAGUCGUCCUAUUCCUCUUGGGUGGUACUUUGGUCCACAAUGGGAAAGACAGUAUGGUACAGACUGGCCUGCAAAUAUGUGUGAUAAUUGGUUAAUGAACGAUCGCUACUUGAAGAGCUUUGCAAAUGACAUCCCACAAUGUCCUUGUGAUCUGGAGCAUGCUCUUGUUGAUAAAGGCCGCUUCAUGCCAGACUAUGACUGUGAUAAGGAUGCCAAUCAUAAGUGUUUCUACCAUGAGGGUGCAGUACACUGUCUUCGAUCAGGAAUUCCAAGUCUGGGAGGAUCAGAGCAACAAUGCUGCUAUGAUAAGAAGGGAUAUCUGAUGAUGACGUAUGACCAGCAGUGGGGCAGCCGUCCACAUCGAUCACAUAACUUCGGGCAGCUCCCAUGGAAUGAACCUAAUAAGGUCCCCACUCUCUCUCAGUGGUUUCAUGACAUGGUUCCAUAUUACUUCUGUUGCCACUGGCAGGAUAUUGAAGCUGUUGGUUGUGAAACAUAUCGAUAUGAAAGACGCCCAACACAGGAUUGUAUAGGCUACCAAGCACCUGCCGUAGGAACAGUUUUUGGUGACCCACAUUUUAUCACAUUUGAUAAUGUUGAGUAUACGUUCAAUGGAAAAGGAGAAUUUGUGCUGGUUCGAGUGGACACAGAAAAGCUGAGGUUAGAUGUCCAAGGCCGGUUUGAACAAAUGCCAAAGAAUGUUUAUGGAGAAGUAAUGGCAACGCAACUGACAGCUAUUGCUGCAAAAGAAAAUUCUUCAGCUACUAUUGAAGUCCGAUUAAGGCCAGAGUAUGCAAGAUGGAGGUACCACCUUGAUGUACUUGCUGAUGGGAAGAAGAUAUAUUUUGACCGGAAUGCUCUAAGGGUUCAGCAUUUUACUGGUGUGACUGUGUACACUCCAACAUAUCUUAUUAACCAGUCAGAAGUUGUCAUUAUGUUCCAGUCAGGAACUGGUGUUGAAGUUGUUGAGAACAAAGGAUACUUAACAGCUAGAGUGUACUUACCCUGGACAUUAAUUAAUCAGACCCGUGGGCUUCUGGGAAAUUGGAGUUUUGAUGUAGAAGAUGAAUUCACAUUGCCUGAUGGCUUGGUUGUAAAUCCAAGCACAAACAUCAAUAACUUUGAAAGGGUGCACAAGGACUUUGGAAUCAAAUGGAUACUGGGAGAUACUGUGAAAGAGGGAGUAGGAGGGUCCUUAUUUGUGAAUGAGUACUCUCGAAGUUCCAGCUAUUAUGCAAAUGAGUCAUUUGUUCCUGAGUAUCGUACAGAUUUGUUGGAAAUUAUUCCUAGUAACAGGUCAAAAGAUAGGACUGAUGCUGAGUUCUACUGCAAAGAUUCAUAUCAGUGCAAGUAUGACUACGCAAUGACUGUCAAUAGGGAUGUUGCUGAAUUCACAAAGAACUAUUAUGCAAGUUACACAGAAAUCAGAGAAAUUACGGAGGCAAAAGGUAAAAAUACUGUUAUUUCAUGUGGUGUGCUGGAAACACCACGAUUUGGUCGAAAGAGCACUUUUGAAUAUGUACCUGGAACAGUGGUAACUUUUGAGUGCAAUCAAGAUUACGUUCUGGUUGGUGAUAUGCGGAGGUCUUGUGGUGCAAAUGGACAGUGGAAUAUACCUGAGUAUGGGUACACUGAAUGCUUACGUCAAUAUGAAUACUCAUCACGACAAAUGGCAAUUACGUCAGGUAUUGUUCUAGCAGUAUUGGUAGUACUGCUACUGUUAAUUGCCUUGGGGUGGUAUUGUUGGUACAAAGAAUCAAGUGCAAAAAGUACUGCCAAAUCCUGGGACUAUGAGACAGUACAACUGAGAAAAGCAUCCAAUCAGAUGGCAUUACCCAACAAAGUUGAAGCAGAUGGCAGACGAACAACAGGCAGUGAUCGUAGUAGUAGUUUGAGUAGCACCAGUAGUGGCUUGAAGAAGCGCCUUUAUGAUGGUGUGUACCGUACGGGUGAACCAUUACCUGACAGGCCAAGUGAAGAAUUCAAGGAAAAAUUGUGGGACUUAGCAGAGGAAGUGGCAGACAGCAGUGUUAUUAGUAGUGACAUCACACCAUCUGAUGUCAGUAGUAACAACACUUAUAGUCGGCGGCAAACUGAUAUUUUUUGA